AUGAACAACAAAGAAAACAAAACCUCCCUCCAAAAAAACAGCAUCCAGAGUUUAAAAAGAGCCUCAGCAUCCUCCGCACAACCACAACUACAGGCGCUAAGGCAGACGCUAACACCGACGCUAACGCCGACGCUAACACCGACGCUAACACCGACGCAGCUCAACCCUCCACAGAAAACUCCAAACAUGAAGACCAGUCUGCUCCUCUCUCUGGCCUUAACUAUCGCCCUGUCCAUCACCUCAGUCGUGGCCUUGUCUUGUGUGACCUGCACAAACCCAAACGACUCAAACUGUGGCUCCACGACUCAGUUCAGCUGCAGCAGCGGAGAGACCCAGUGUGUGUCGGCCACCGUCCUCACCACCUCCAGCGGCGGAAUGUCCACCCAAAAGGUCAAAGGUUGUGCCGCGUCCAGCUUCUGUCCGUCCGCCGGUACCCGGGACUUUUCUCUGAACGUCGGGACCUCCAGCGUUUUGGCCAAAGCCGUCUGCUGCUCCACCGACAACUGCAACUCUGCCGACGCGCCCGCUCCGACCGCCCCGCCCGCCGGGACACUGCAGUGCUACAGCUGUAACCCUCUGACCAGCACCUGCUCCACUGGACUGACCUGUAACACUCUGGAGACACGCUGCUUCACCUCCUCAGUGAUUCCGACGGGCAGUAGCACAGCUGUCCCGGGUCAUGGCUGUGCUUCAGAGAACAUUUGUGCGGCGGCGGCCGCUCUCUCCUCGUUGCCGCUGUUCACCAACAUUGGUUCCGUCCAAGGGACCCCCACCUGCUGCAGCACCAACAACUGCAACCCCCUGCCCACCACCACAGCGCCCCCUACCACGACCACAACAACAACAACCGCGACAACCACGACAACCACCCCGACAACCACGACAACCACCCCGACAACCACGACAACCACCCCGACAACCACGACAACCACCCCGACUACCACCACAACCACCCCGACUACCAUGACAACCACCCAGACAACCACCACAACCACCCCGACUACCACGACAACCACCCCGACUACCACCACAACCACCCCGACUACAACGACAACCACCCCGACUACCACGACAACCACCCCGACUACAACGACAACCACCCCGACUACCACGACAACCACCCCGACUACCACCACAACCACCCCGACUACCACCACAACCACCCCGACUACCACGACAACCACCCCGACUACCACCACAACCACCCCGACUACCACCACAACCACCCCGACUACAACGACAACCACCCCGACUACCACCCCGACUACCACCACAACCACCCCGACUACAACGACAACCACCCCGACUACCACGACAACCACCCCGACUACCACCACAACCACCCCGACUACCACCACAACCACCCCGACUACCACCACAACCACCCCGACUACCACCACAACCACCCCGACUACCACCACAACCACCCCGACUACCACCACAACCACCCCGACUACCACGACAACCACCCCGACUACCACCACAACCACCCCGACUACCACGACAACCACCUCAACCACCACCACUGCAGCUGGGGCGACUACUACGACCACAGCAGGCGCCUUGUCCGUCACGUCUCUACUUCUGCUGCAGCUCCUCGCGCUCGUCCUCGCGUUCCUCUCCUAAAGACUCACAUUUGAAGAUCAAUUUGACUCUAAUUGUUCAUGUUGUGACGUCUGUGCUGCAUUUCCAAAACAUCCUGAGAUCAGGAGUUUCACAUUAAAAUGUCUGAACCUUUGCGUUGAUCAGUGAGGCGUGAG